AUGGCUGACCAUGGUGGAAACAUGCACUUGAUGAUCACUCUUCGAGAUGCCGAUUUCCGCGAGCCUAUCCCCGAGCGAAUCAUCACCCUUGAAGCUCCGGACUGGGAGAUCAGAAUCGGCCGUGGAACUGACAGUCGCGUUGAAGAAUUGAGUCCUGCUCUGAACAAUGCCUGGUUUAACUCUAGAGUCCUGUCCAGACAACAUGCUAUUUUGCGCGCACAUCCGAUAACCAAGGAAAUCUACAUUUCAGACACUGGCUCAACGCACGGCACGUUCAUCUCUGGCAAAAGACUGGAGGUGAAUCAACCCGAACCUCUUUGGCCCAAGGACACCGUGAUAUUGGGUUCUGAUGUGAUUCGAGGAAGCUCUCGUUACCGCGCUCUGAGAUGCGAGGUCAAUUGGACUUGGUCCGACGGAAAUUUCGGUCAAUCACACGCCAAUUCGACGACCACAAGCAUGUAUCGAAACACCUUCUCGGCCGACUACAGUGAUGAGGAACCGUACGAGGAACCAUUUGAUGAGGUUCCAUAUGACGAGCCCUCCGCUCAGAUCUCGAGCGACCCGGAGGAGGAGGACUACAGGUCUUCCGAGACGAACAAUGAUUACACUUCGGAGCCUGGGAAUGAAGUUGACGUCGUCCAAGAUUCCGUCCGUGAACCCAGCAUCGAAAUAGUCGUCCCGGAAGUGCGAACCUUCGCCGUUCCUGAUUCCGAUGACGCAUCGAACGCUGGAAGUCAUGUUUCUGGCGCAGAUGUCUCUGAUGAGGACAGCCCGACUUCGAGCCCUUUGAUUCCAAGCGAUGUCCACGAAGAUAAGCUCAGAUUCAAUGACGACUCCUCUCACCUAUGUCAUGGUACCCGCACACCUCCGGCCAGUCCUGAUCACACGAAGCCUUCUCAUGUGCUGAUCACCCGUUCAGUUCAGCAAGCAGAGUUGCUUCCGGCUAUCGACGACGAUGGUCCUGAAGAAGAUUCGUACGGAGAUGAUGAGCUCGAAAAUGAAUACUCAGAUUCUCUCGGCUCGCUCCUCAUCCCUCCUAUCAAGAUUGAAAGUCCAGUAAAAUACAGUGCUUCCUGCAUGAGCACUUUGGGCGCUGCAGAUCAAGCAGAACAUGUUCGAGCCCCAAGCCCAUCUGACGCGGCGAUGGUCAAGCCAUCGAUUGAGCUCGCGCAUCCUGUCACCCUGGCUGCGCCGCCAUUCCCGACAUUCCACCUAUCUGGUCAACAUUCUGAGACUAUGGACAGCAACGUUGAGCAAGGCCGCUCAACCUCCGCUUGGGCUGGUCACAACUCAGUGCUGUAUGAACCGGUCGCACACCAGCUUGUACCGGAACAGUCUGCUUCAGUCUACAAUCCUUACGCCAGCUAUACGUCCUGCACUGAUUCAUUCACAUUCCAACCUCCUACAAUGCCAACUUCGGCACCACCCCCUUCACCACUCUCCAUUGCCAGUAUUGUUGCACAACAGCAAACUCCCAAGAACUCUGAAGGGUCAAAGAAGCGCAAAGCAGAUCAGAUUUCAGCUGACGAGCCUCUGGAUUCAAACCCGGCAUCUUCUGGCCUUUACUCAUCCGACGUCGGAGACGUCCUUGCCACGACUGCCAUAAGCGGUAAUGGAAGUGCCUCUGGAAAAACGCUGCUGAGUCCAUCACCACCGACUUUAGAAGUUGAUGAGAGUGUCUCAACUAAGGACACUGAGAUGCAUGCAACGAAGAAGGCGAAAAAGAUGAAGGUCAAGAGUAAGAAGCAGCGUGUCAGUGUCCGUGGCAGUGGCAGUGGCAGUUUCGCCAAGACAGCUGGAGCAACCAUUGCGGGUAUGGCGAUCGGCGCGGUCGGCAUGUUGGUUGGUCUCCUUGCCUUACCAGAAGAUUACUUCAUCUGA